AUGGAAAUUUAUACGAACAAAUGGAAAGAGAUUGAAAACCCUCUUGAAAAUAAAGCUGAAGAGAUUUGGAAAGAAUCAUACAAUAUUACAAAUCUAUUAAAUAAAUACAAUAAGGCAAUCCUAGAAAACAGUAAUGAAUUGUCAAAGAUUAAUUAUGAAGCAUUACUUUCGGUAGUUUCUGAAAAACCAUUUACAAAUUAUUCACAUAUACCCUUAGAAGCAGAUAUAUCAUCAUAUAGUGAUGCUAUUGCUCAUGCUAUAAAG